AUGGACCAUCUCGAUCGACCCCUCCCUGGCCACAUGCAAGACAUCUCCGCCUUCCGCCAGUUCUUAUCUACCCCCUCCGGCCGCCUCACCUGCCCCGACUCUGUUGCCCACCCCGAAGAGCCUGACUCUCUCCAGACGUCGAUGAUCGAGUCAUGGAGAGCGGCCGAGCCGUCUCAAGACUCUAAACUAAAGCUGCUGAGGCUGAUAAAGGACUUGACGCAUAUAAUCAAUGUAAAUUACGGGGGAUAUGCUGGGAAGGAGGGCCAGAGGUUCUAUGUGGAUGUCUUUGGGAGCGUGAGCUGGGGAGGGGAUACAGGACGUAGUGGAGACGUGGAUCUCAUCAUUCUGGAUCGGCAGCUGUUGCAUGGUUAUGUGCCGACACUCUGGAGGCGACAGCCUGGGCAGCCUGAACAAACCCCGAAAGAAGCCCUGCACAAACGCGAUUAUCUCCCUGUGCCCAUUCCCGGAGUGCCAGGCUGCUACGACACCAUGUCUAUGGCGGACACUCUCAAGAGAGCUGGGUUUGAGGACGUCAAGAGCGUACCAACUGCGAGCACGCCCAUAAACAAAUUCAAGUAUGCGGAUUUGGAGUGUGAUUUGAAUGCCAACGACUUGGGAGGCUGGUACAACUCAUCCCUCCUCCUUCGUUACUGUAGCCUGUCCCCUUACGUCCUGCGUCCAAUGAUCCACACUCUCAAGCUGUGGUCUUCUUCCCACAAGCUCAACGACCCUUCCGGGGCCCGGGGCCCUGCCACCAUGUCAUCGUACUGCCUGACCUUGAUGGCCAUUGCAUACCUCCAGCAUCUUGGACACUUGCCCAACUUGCAGGAAGUGGUCAAGGUCCCCGAGGUCAGCAGGCCAGAGGAUACAAGUGAGCACGAUGUGGUAUGGGUCUCUUGGGGCAAAGACGAAGGGGUCAAGGCGAGGGUAGCAUUCAGUCUGGAGCUGCCAGAGGGCUGGGUGCAAAAGGAGAAGGACUUGACAGCUGCGGAUGCCAUUCGUGGCUUUUUCGAGUUCUUUUCGCUUUCCGGCACGGCUCCUCUGCGCGGAGAGCGAUUCGACCGCAACUCGGAGAUUGUUUCCAUCCUCAUGGGAGGCAUAGUCCCCCGCGCCAGAGCGUACGGUCAAGAGGCACGUGAAGCCUCGGAACGACAUCAGCUUUUGGAGAAUAUGGGUGUACCAGCGCACAAGAUCAAGAGUAGUAGUGAUGAAAUGAGGCUGGCGAGGAUUGCAGAAGAGCCAAGAAUGGGCAAGGGUGAUCGGGGCAUACAGCCCAGGAAAUGGGGACAGAACAGACUGGUGGUACAGGAUCCGUUCUUGUGGCAAAAGAAUUGUGCUAGUCAGAUGACCAAAGGAGGACUCGAUCGUUGGUGGACGACCAUCGACAACUCUCAUCGAGUCUUGAAGCUCCGAGGUAAAAGCUUUACCGUGGGCGAGUUGAUCAUGAUGUAA